AGCGUGGCAGUUAUAACCGCUAGGUGGCAGUUCUGUGGAGACAGACAGACAGCGUUUAAAGCUGCGAGGGUUUGUGUGUUUGAUUAUUAUUUACUAAACAUCAACCAUGCCGCGAGUGUACAUCGGCAGGCUGAGCUAUCAUGUGCGAGAGAAGGACAUACAGCGGUUUUUCGGCGGCUACGGGAAGCUUUUAGAGAUCGAUCUGAAGAACGGGUAUGGGUUCGUGGAGUUUGAGGACACCCGUGACGCAGACGAUGCCGUGUACGAGCUGAACGGUAAAGACCUGUGCGGGGAGCGCGUGAUCGUGGAGCACGCGAGAGGACCGCGGCGGGACCGAGAUGGAUAUGGUGGGGGUUAUGGGGGCGGCGGCGGGCGCAGCAGUAGUGGUUAUAGCAGCAGGAGCCGAAGCGGAAGAGAGAAGUAUGGACCUCCGGUUCGCACGGAGUACCGACUGAUAGUGGAGAACCUGUCCAGUCGCUGCAGCUGGCAGGAUCUCAAGGACUUCAUGCGUCAAGCUGGAGAGGUGACCUAUGCUGACGCCCACAAAGAACGGACCAAUGAGGGUGUCAUUGAGUUUCGCUCCUACUCUGAUAUGAGGAGAGCUUUGGACAAGUUGGAUGGCACUGAUAUCAACGGAAGAAAAAUUCGUCUUGUGGAGGACAAGCCUAGACGACGUCGCUCCUACUCUGGGAGCAGGUCGAGGUCCCGCAGCAGACGCCGUUCUCGCAGCAGGAGCCGCAGUUCACAAAGCCGUUCCAGGUCCAGAUCUCGGUCAAGGUCCCGCAGCAAGCACCGCUCCCGUUCCAGGUCUGGUCACAAGUCCCGGUCCAGGUCUAGGAGAAAGUCUCACUCCAAGUCCCCGCCAAAGUCCCGCUCCAGGAAGUCAAAGUCUCGUUCUCGUUCACAUACGCAGAAGUCACGCAGUCGCUCCACCAGCCGCAAGUCGCGCUCUCGCUCCGAUGCACGCAAAUCUCGCUCCAAGAGUCGCUCCAAAGCGAAGUCGGAGAGGGAUUCCAGGAGCCGCUCCAAGGAGAAGUCAGUCAGUAAGAAGUCCCGAAGCCGCUCUGCUUCUCCAAGGGAGAAUGGAAAUGGAGACCGGGCCAAGUCCACUUCUCAUUCGCCGUCCCCUAAAGAGAACCGCCGUCAGUCGGAGUCGCCCGGCAAGCGUUCUGCGUCACGCUCUCCUUCACGUUCGAAGUCUCGCUCCCGCUCUCGGUCUGCUUCUCAAGACUAGUGUCACGCAGAUUGGAUUGCACGGCAGGAAUAUGUCAUGCACAGUUCAGUGUUAAAUUGAUCAUUCGCAGCCUAUGAACAUUCACCAAAUGAUUAAAGAGGCUGCAGCUUAAUGUAGUAUUGAUUUACUGUGCUGUUUUGAACAUUGCAUGAAAACAAAAUUGCAUACCAUGAUACCCCCCCCACCCCCGCCCAUGAGACGUGUCGAAUCAGAAUUUGUUUUCAACUUUAAUCAUUAGUUAUAACCUUCUGUGCUUUUUCUGUGCUAAGCAUUGCUCAGGCCGUUGGUUGUAUUCGACUCUUUGGUAUAUGGGGCGUCUUUAAAAGGCUCUUUGUGUGUUUGCUUUAGUGUGAGGCUUAAGGAGGCUGUAACAAUGUUAUAACCUAAAUUCGUUAGAAUGUGUAACUACUUCUACAGCUGUCCUUUUGUGUAGUUAACAAGAUGUGAUGGUUGAGUGGUUGGCUAUGAAAAUGCUUCCUCAUUGUAUAGUCAUUCAUUCCUGUCUCUUGCUGAUAAUUUUCAUGGAAGCUUUGUUUCUUAGUGCUUUGGAUUAUCUUGAAUUAUUUUUUUUUUUUACACAAGUUUAAUACAUCACUUGCAGUGUGAUUUUUCUGUGAUCUCAUUUUUAAAUGGGCUUUUGAAUAUUUUCCUGUGUUUUAGUUAAAUAAACAAACAUUUAAUUGGU